AUGGAAAGCAACAAUUAUAAGUCUUUAUUAGGAAAACUUGUAAAAACUGAUUAUACAUUUUUAAGUUUAUUAGAUCAAAUAUAUUCAAACCCAGCAGAAAUACUAAAUCUAUUAAGUUCAAAAGAUGUAUCAGCCAAUGAUUUAAGACAGUUCAAUGAAGUGGUAAAACAAAUAACAAUAUUUUAUCCUAAUGAUGUUAAUUUAAGAGAAAAUAUUUUAGAAUGUCUUGCAAAAAUUUUAAUUUUUAAUCCCGGUGCCAGAUUUUUCUUACUGCUUAAUUGUGAUGAUUUGAAAGAUGUAGUUAUUAAUAAUUUAGAUAUAAAUGGAAAAGAUAGAAUUAACUUAUUGGCAUACUUUGUACAUAAAUUAAUUAAUACUGAAACAAGAUUACCUUAUGGUUAUGAUUGUGAUAUGUAUUAUGCAAUUGAUUGUUAUGUUAAUAUUUAUAAUGUCAUUCCUGAUGAAAGGAUACUUAAAUGGGCUAAAUGUACAAAUAAGAGUGAAUUGAGGUAUUUAACACCCCAAGUGUCUAUAGAGAACUUGUUUUAUAACGAGAUAUAUUAUGUUGCUCAGAUUGAUAUUUUAAAAGAAUUAAUAGAUCAUUUAGGAAAUUUAGAAUACGUAAUGGUUAAAAUUCAACUACUUAAAGCUAAAAUGAGUGAGGAAAAUAUAGCAACGAUGGUUAUUAAGAUUAUGAAUGAAAAUGAUUAUGAAAUUGAUAAUUUAAUAGAAAUUCUCAAAGUCAUGGAUUCAUUUAAAUUUUUCCAUUUGAUAACCAAAUAUGGAAGGUUAAAACCAGAGAUCAUUUAUAAACUCUCUGAAUAUUUUUAUAACAAUUUCCACACUAUUGACAUAGUAUACAUAGAUUGUUUAUUAGUUUACUUUGAAAACAUCAACUUAAUAACCACUCCAGAUUUAAAGUUACUUUUAAAAUCAUCAUUACUUCCAUAUGUUGUUUGUAACUAUUCAAGAUUUGAAAUACUAUUUAAAAUAUUAAUUGAGAGAGGAUUAACAGAAUAUAGUUUUAAUUUACUGUUGGAUUUGAAUUCAAAUGAUAAGUUGUUGAUAAAGAAAAUUACACAUUUAAUAGAAUUACCAGCAACUACCAAAACUAACAAUCACAUACUCACUAAACUAUUAAAGAUUAAGAUGAGAUAUGAUUAUUAUGAUCCUAAGGAUUUAUUAAAGAUAAUAUUUUAUUUCCAAAACAAGAAAUUACUAAAAAAAUUUAUAAAUGAUAAUGGAGUGAUGUUAUUAAUGAUAGAUCAUUUUAAAGAAAAUGAUACAAUGAAUGAAUUUAAUAGAAUUUGUAUUAAAUCCCUUAUAAAAUUAGGUAUUCAAUUAGAUUCAUUUAAGUUUGUAAAGAACACAACAUCAAAUUACAAUAAGUGUGUUAAAGAAUCAUUAAGUACUAAAGACACAACCUUAAAUGAAGGAAUAUAUUUAAAUGAACACACUGGAAUGAUCAACAUAAAAGACAUUGAAAGUAAAACUUUUACUUUAGAGUUCAAAGUAGAAAGUUUUGAUAGUUCGGAAACUAAAAUAUGUAAAAUUAGUAAUAAAACAGACAACAUAACAAUCAGUAAUGAGGGAUGUAAAUCCUAUAAAAUAAUUUACAAAAACAACCAAUUGAAAAUAUUUUCAGACCAUAAUUUACUAGAAAAAGUAAAAUUUAAGAAUAUUAAAAAUAUUUCCAUAACAGGAAACAUCUACUUAAAGUAUUUAGUUUAUUAUGAAACGAAUAUAAAAUUAAACGUACCCAAAUCAGAAAAGGAUUUAUACGUUGAUUACAUAUAUGAGUUAAAAAAGGUACUCAGAUAUAGACAAAUCUAUGGAGUACUAAUGAACCAUCUAGGAACCUUUAAAUUUAUUAAGGAAAGUAAAAGAAAUGAAGAUAAAAUAGAAACAAAAGAUAUACUUUUUUAUAAAUAA